UAUACGCAGGACUGACGCUGCUCUUCUCUCGGCCACUCCCGAAGGUCUACGUUUCCUUUCCACCGCACAAAUCUACCAUGACCUCCGGCACCGCCACCGCCGCCGCCGACGAUGAGGUUAUCUACGAUAUGUUCUCCAUGAUGCGAGCGUAUCGCAGCGGCCGCGUGGAGCGCUUCGAACCCUUCGAAUUCGUCCCGCCGUCCAUCGACCCACUUACCGGCGUCGACUCUAAAGAUAUCGUCCUCAAUCCCAUAACCGGCCUUUCCGUUCGCUUCUACCGACCGCCUUCGGUCUCCGCCGAUGGUAACCAGAAGCCUCCUAUCGUCGUCUUCUACCACGGCGGUGGAUUCUGCGUCCAUCGCUCCUCCUCCGCCCCGUACCACAAUUACCUCAACUUCCUCACAUCCAAAGCCAACGUCGUCGCCGUAUCCGUCGAUUACCGCCUCGCUCCGGAACAUCCGCUCCCCGCUGCCUACGAAGACUCAUGGGAGGCCCUCCAAUGGGUCAUCGGCGGCGGUGGAAAUUGGGACGGAGACAAAAUCAUCCUCGCUGGAGACAGCGCAGGAGGGAACAUCGCGCACUAUUUGGGGAUGAGGCUUGGAAGAGAGGGGAAGAAAGUGGAGGGGAUUGUGCUAUUGAAUUCUUACUUUUGGGGGAAAGAGAGGAUUGGCGUGGAGCUGGAGGAGAGAGAAGGGACGUUGCUGACGGUGAAGGUUGUAGAUGCGGCGUGGGAGUUUUUGUGCCCGGAGACGACGGGGUCCGAUGAUCCGAGACUGAACCCGGUGGCGGAGGGGGCGCCGAGCCUGGCGGAGCUGGGGUGUAAAAGAGUGUUGUUGAGCGGCGGGGACAUGGAUUUGUUGGUGGAUAGAUGGAGGGUUUAUUAUGAGAAAUUGAAGGAGAGCGGGUGGGGAGGAGAAGUCGAGCUUGUGGUGGUGGAAGGGGAGGAUCAUGGAUUCUUUUUGCUUUAUCCGGGGAAAGAGAGGGCGGAGGCGUUCUUUGAUAGGUUCGUGAGUUUCUGCAACGGCAAAUAGCUUGUUUGCUUCGCCGAUUAAGAUCUUCGGAGAAUUUUAGGUGUGGAGAAAUUUAAAUAUUUAGAUUUAUAGAAUUUAUCUGGUGGGUUGGGUUAUGCAAUACUCAUACCCUUUGUGUCCUAUUUUCUUAAUUUAAAUUACAAGAAACGAUAAUAUUGAUAUAUUCAAUAUUUGUGUA